AUGCUAUUUCCAGGUAUGAAUAGGGAGAGAGAGAUGUCUGCUAUGGUCUCAGCUUUGGCUCACGUGGUCUCUGGAGAUGUGCCAAGCGGUGAUUCUCAUCAACCCAGUGCUCUUGUCGAUGAUGCUAUUGCUAUUGUUUCCCCAAACAUGCCUUCUUCAUCUCUCAAGAGAAGUAGGGAACAUGACUCUUCUUUCUCACACCCCGCUUCAUCCCUUGCUAUGCCAACUACAACUGCAGAAUGUUCCAACAACAUGACAAGUAGCAUAAUAACAGAAACGAGGGAAAUGGUGAAUGCUGUGUACGAAUACAGAACAACAGAGAAUGUGGUGAGGGAUCAAGGAAGGAGAAAAUACAGAGGAGUGAGACAGAGGCCAUGGGGAAAAUGGGCUGCGGAGAUUAGAGAUCCAUUCAAAGCAGCGAGGGUUUGGUUAGGGACAUUUGACACAGCGGAGGCAGCAGCAAGAGCAUACGAUGAAGCUGCUUUGCGUUUCAGAGGGAACAAAGCGAAACUUAACUUCCCUGAGAAUGUUACUCUCCGACAACCUCAAUGGAACCUUUCCAAUUCUUCUACUUCUAUGGUAUCUGUUACAACCUCCACUGACCCAGUUGUUCAUACUGAAGCUCUUCCCCCUUCUCAGGCUUCCAGCGAUUUCUAUGACUAUUUUCAGCUCUCUGGGUUUCCCAUGAACCUUUAUGAUGAUCGCAUGUUAAUGGCUUCUACCAUGGCUUCUCAUGUUCAAUCUUCGUCGUCGCCGUCAACCUCGUCUUCUUCUUCUUCUUCUGCGUUUGGUUUCUCUAUAACUUCUCCGCAGGCCACUUCAUUUUCUUCAUUGUAUUCUACGCAGUUGCCGCCAUGGUCAGCUUCUGGUCAUAGUUCUUCUUCCUCGGGAUAA